GUGCUUAUUGGCUGAUUUAGAAAGAGUAUAUUACCCUUUCUCAUAUCUCAAUCUUCCCGUCAUUUCAUGUAUUUGCCCCGUACUAUGGUACCCUGCCGAGCCGCACCAGAGAGCCGCACUGGCCCGACACCACCUUCCGUCAACGCUGGUCGUAUGACGUCGCGUUUGGGUUUAGAAUAAAUUUUUUACUAAAAACACUUUAUUAUCCCUUCGGCAAUCAUUAGAAACGAUGCAGAACGUUGUAAACACCGUUAAGGGAGCUGCUCUUAAUGUUGCUGAGUACUGGACCCCAAUAUUAAAGGAGUCAAAGUUCAGGGAGACGGGUGUUCUCACUCCAGAAGAAUUUGUUGCUGCUGGGGACCACCUAGUUCACCACUGCCCCACCUGGCAAUGGGCAACAGGAGAUGAAAGUAGAGCAAAAUCUUAUUUGCCUCGAAACAAGCAGUUCCUUAUCACGAGGAAUGUUCCAUGCUCUCGACGCUGCAAACAGAUGGAAUAUUGCGAUGAACAAGAGAAAAUAAUUGAAGCUGAUGACCCAGAUGGUGGAUGGGUGGACACACAUCAUUACGAUGCUGGGGUCUCAGGCUUGGAUGAAAAGGUUUCUGAAAUGAAUCUAGAACCCAAAGUUGACAAUACCCCUAAUAUAGACAGUGUUGCCAACAACAAUGCAUCUGAAGAGGAAGAGGAGGAAGAAGGUGAAGCAGAAGAUAUGGACGAAUUUGAUCUCGAUCAACUUGAUCAACAGGAUGAGGCUGCAUUGGAUAAUGCCCAGAAUGCUGCUAAGGAGGCAGCAGAGCCCUCUGGGGGUGAAAUUGUUCACACAAGGACCUAUGACCUUCACAUCACUUAUGACAAAUAUUACCAAACUCCACGUUUGUGGCUUUUUGGUUAUGAUGAAAAUCGCAAGCCACUUACAGUAGAGCAGAUGUAUGAAGAUGUGAGCCAAGACCAUGCAAAGAAAACAGUGACAAUGGAAACCCAUCCACAUGUUCCUGGCCCUCCAAUGGCAUCUGUGCAUCCAUGCAAACAUGCAGAAGUGAUGAAGAAAAUCAUUCAAACAGUGACGGAAGGUGGUGGCGAGUUAGGUGUACAUAUGUAUCUCAUAAUAUUCUUGAAAUUUGUGCAAGCGGUUAUUCCUACAAUAGAGUAUGAUUUUACGCAAAAUUUUGCAAUGAUGUGAUUUGUGACAGACUCUUCAUAAUAAUGCAAUAAAGUGCAUUUUAAACUUGUGAAUGGCUAUGCUAAAUCAUGCAAGAGUAUUCCAAAUACCACUAUAAAGAAUACUAUUAAAAUAAUUCUUCUCUUUAGAUGUACAUUGAAGAAUCUUGAUUGUUUUGUGCAUGCAAUUUUCAUCUCUCAAUUCAGAAAUUAUAUUUGACAUGACAACUGUCAUGUUCUUAUUGCGAUGCUCUAGUGAAUUCUUUUCAAAGCUGCUAUUGUGUGCAUGGAAUUUUCCCAGCAACUGUGAAAAGUAUUGCAUUUGUCAUAAUUAAACUCUUAGGAAUGGAUGAAAUUGAGUGUAUUGUUCUGUGCCAUAGUAAAAAGAGAACUGGAAACCGGAAGGUUUUUUUUUAAUAAUACAUGCUACAGUUAGAAAGUUUGCAAUACAUCACAGUUUUGCUUAGUUUAUUUUCACUUUUACACAAUGUUGCUUCAUAAACUCAAUGAAUGAUCUUCUCUUCGUUUUUUCCUUCCUAAUUUUUGUUUGAAUGGAAACUAGAUAUUUCUAGCGGCCUUCAUGUAGGAUUUGGAAUUACAGAUAAUUUAUAUGAUGAAGGAAUUCAUAAUAUAGUGAGCAUCUUUUGCGGACAUGAAUGACUGCGUGAACGUCUUUUGCAGACAUGAAUGACUGCUGUCAAUGCAGAAAGGAAUUCUUGGGACAAUAUUUGUUAUUGUAAUUAUGAGUUGCGGUGGUUCUAAUUUGGAAAAUAUAACAUCACUUUUCUAUUUUAUGUAUUAUAUUUUUUUAAAUAUUUAUGUACAAAGGUAUUUUUCUAUUCAGAAUAUAAAAUUCUGCCAAUGACAAUUGGUAAUUUUAGCUGCCAAAAUUUCUGCUUUUGAACUUUACUAACAUUUACCAAACCCUGCAUCACAUGUCAUUUACCAGUAUCUUGAUUUUUUUAUGAAGGUAAUUGACAAAGAAGAAUAUAGCUUUUGAGAAGAGUAAUAUCUCUUUUUAAUAUGGAAAAUUUUCUCAGUUUUUUGUAGAAUUACAAUUUAAAAAAAUGCCAAUCUGGCCACAAUGUUAAGAAUAAGACUAUUAAUGUUUGUAUGAUUUAUUAAAGAAGCUGCUAUAUUUUCAUGUUACUCUCAGUGAAAUAAAUGAUUACUAUAUUUACUUUAUUAAUAAAUUCACAGUCUUGAAAAACCUACUUUUCUUUAAAGUUUAUUUUUUUAUAGUUAAGUGUUUCUAUUGUUGUUUUCCACAAUGAUUUUGUGUUGUGUAGUAUAACCUUCAUUAUUUGGGGGUUCGAUUUUCUGUGAAUCCAAUUAAUUGGGUAAGUGGUAUCCAGUACUAAGUGGGACAAAAUUUGGGAUUGUGGGACUUCAAUUUCAGCAGCACAACCAGAAUUUUCUUUGGGGGCUGGGGAGGAAGCUUAGAUGUAGUUGCUCCUUACGUAGUGUCACCUUGAUUGUUUUGGUAUGUGUUUUGCAUUGAUACUGAAUUCAAAAUUAAAAUUUAAUUUUGUGUGUUAAUUUAUUAUUUUCAACAUAUGCAAGUGAGAUAUUUAAUGACUUUAAUUAAGAAAAAUUUAUCAAACUUGCAAUUAUGAAUGUGCCAUCAGCUUCAGGGGGAAGGUCCAUUAGCCAUGUUGCUUCAAUUUACCACCGCAAAAAUUAUAUCUUAAGAUGGGUAAAAAUUCACUUCAAAAAGAAAUCAAAACCCGGGGGGAGGGGGAAGACCCCUUUUUUCUUUCUUUCUCCACAUGGAAGAAAAUCAUCCAUACUUUCAAAGCUAUUCAAAAAAUUUAAUGAAUUGUAGUGAAAUGAAGUCCGCAGUAGGCUUUGAAAUUUGUGAUUUUUAUUAUUGAAAAUGAAGUUUGGUUUAUGUGGCAUGUUUUAUUGGGAACAGUGAUUGUGGAUUCUUACAUAUUUCUUAAUUAAUCUUUUAAUUAACACAUUUUAAAAGAAUAUUUCGAUUUUGUCAACCCUCACCUCUUCCCAUGAAUUACCUUGGAUAAUGGAGGUUGUACUGUUUUUAUUUGGUGCUAAGAUUCUGAAUGUGUGUAAAUGUUUUUUGUCAGUGCAUGAAUGCUUAUGUAUGUGCUAAAUGAAAUAACUAAAGAAUGGACAUGAAAUAUUUCCAAGUGUUUUGUCUUUCAUUAUGUGUGUUUAAUAAAUGUGUUGUUCUUUUUCAUUCUUCUAUCAAUAACAUUUCAUUUGUUGUAAUUUGGUAAGAUUAUUCAGAGUGUGCUAAAGAAUGAAAUUUGGUUUUCACAAUCUGUAUGUCGGUGGUAUUAAAAUUUAUUAAGUUAUUUAUUUUAUAAACUGAACAGUAGCAUUGGUGAAUGUUGCAUGCAGAGACAAGCCUUUGAAUUCACCAAUGUUCCUCUUCCUAAAGCUAUUUAAUUUUUUCAGUCAUAUUAAAGAUUUUGCAGUGUUAAAAAUCCAGGAAUGCUGUUUGAUCAUGUUCAGUUACAUCUGUUGUUCAUUUUCUGUAUGUAAAUAUAUUAUUGCAAUGUAUUUGUACACAUAUAGAUAUGAGAUUAUGAAGAGACAUUAAUUUCUUCUCUGCUCAAGAGUAGUGAAUGCAUGGUCAGGUUUCUCACCAAAUACACUUUUGUGUAUUUUCGGUUUUCACUACAACUGACAAAAACAAAUUACUUUUUAUGUUUGUGUAUUGUUUUAGGUUGUAUGCUAGUAUUUUAAUAGUUAUUUUUGAAUUGAAUAAUAAAUGAGCAUAGUGUGCAACAUAAUUUUUUUUUGUUUUGAAAUGAGAUUACCCUAA